AUGGGGUUCAUACAAGAUUUGACGAGGAAGCUGCCGUCUUCGCAAGAUGGCCUGGACACGUUGGACGAUAUGUCGCGCCGAGCAGAAAAACUGUCUCCGCGAUUAUCCUUCUUUCGCCGGCGGAUACGACUAAAGGGGAACUCGUCCGUCUCAAUACCGCUGGGCCUGGUCCUGCUGUUCCCAUGUCUUGUCAUAAUAUUGAUUCUGGUCCUCUUUGUGCGGUCGCCAGACUCGCAAGGCAUCAUGAACAUGCCCGCUGGCACUCCGCCAUCAAUACGAAAGAUAAGCGACAAGUACGAUAAGCCAUUCGCAAUCGGAUGUCUCGAACCCCAAGUGAACGGGCCCCGCGCCAACGCUGCAUUUGUUGUCCUAGCGAGAAAUAAGGAGCUGGAGGGCGUCAUACAGUCGGUCAAGUCGAUCGAGAGGCAUUUCAAUCGAUGGUUCCACUACCCCUACGUCUUCCUCAACGAUGGCGACUUCAACCAGACGUUCAAGGAUACCAUACUGAAUCACACCAGCGGAACGGUGGAGUGGGGUAAGAUCUCGGCGGAGCAUUGGGGCUUCCCGGACUGGGUUGAUCCAGCAGUUGCAAAAGAGGGAAUCGCAAAACAGGGUGAUCGGGCAAUCAUGUACGGUGGUAUGGAAAGCUACCAUCACAUGUGUCGCUUCUACUCCGGCAACUUCUACAAACACGAAUUACUGCAGAAGUACGAGUGGUAUUGGCGUCUUGAACCAGAAAUCAAGUAUUUCUGCGACAUCACCUAUGACCCUUUCCAGCACAUGAUUCGGCACAACAAAACAUACGGCUUUACUAUUGCCGUGAAGGAGCUGCGAGAGACCGUUCCAAACAUCUUUCGAUAUGCUGCAGCUUACAAGAGGAUGAAUAACAUUACCUCUCAGGGGCUCUGGGAGAUGUUCGUCGAGAAGCCAAAAGAGGAGGAUGAGAAGAAGCCCCCAAAGACCGACACUAAGCACAAGAAGCCUCUUCCUCAAGAGAUUCUCAACUCGGAACCUGGAGCUUUGCCGGAGAUUGACCCUGAAGCAAUGGAGGGUGAAUCGUACAACAUGUGUCACUUCUGGAGCAAUUUUGAAAUCGCGAGACUGGACUGGUUCCGGAGCAAGGAGUACAAUGAUUUUUUCGAGCUGAUGGACCGUAGUGGCGGUUUUUGGAUGGAACGAUGGGGAGAUGCACCGAUCCACUCUCUUGCCGCUGGAGCCCUUCUUGGCCCUGCAGAUAUCCACUAUUUCCGCGACUUCGGCUAUCGACACACGACCAUCCAGCAUUGUCCAGCCAACGCGCCUGCGCGCCAACUACCCAGAGAACCCUAUCUGGAGUUAACGACUCUGGACGAAAAGAAGCGUAUUGAAGAGGACGAGUACUGGGCGAGUCCAGAUCCUGUCAAAGAAAAUGGUGUCGGGUGCCGUUGCAAGUGUGAUACCGAUGUCGUGGACGUAGAAGGCAAGGAGGGGUCUUGUCUUGCGGAAUGGGUAGAGGUCGCUGGUGGCUGGGCGACUCCCGGCCUAUGA